GCGCGCGGCCUUCCCCACUCGAGGCCUGCCUCGGCCGGCUGAGGGAGGCGAAGCGGGCAUGGCCGAGAGCGGGGCCGGCGGCGGGGGCUCCCCUGCGGGGCCGGGGCCGCUGCCGCUGCCUCGCCUGGAGAAGCCGCUGCGGCAGGCCUUCUACAACACCGGGGCGCUGGUGCUGGCGGGCCUGUGCUGCGGGGCGGCCGUGCUGGUCUACUUCAUCCUGGAGGCCUUCCUGCGGCCGCUGCUGUGGGCCGUGCUGUGCGGCACCUUCCUGCACCCCUUCAAGAGCUCGCUCACCGCGCUGGGCCGCCGCUGGCUCCGCCGCCUGCGCCGCUCCGGCGCGCCCGUCCUGCCCGCCGCCCUCCUGCUGCCCUUCUGCUUCGCCAACGCCGCCGCCGAGGCCCUGGGCCGCCAGCUCCUCCGCCGGCGCCGCCUCCUCCUGCUCCUCGGCGCCGGCGCCCCCGCCGCCUACGGCCUCUUCGCCCUCGCCGCCUCCCUCGGCGCCCGGGCCGCCCUCGCCCAGGCCGCCCGCCUCAUCUGCCGCGGCCUCGACUGCUUCAGCGGCCUCUGGAUAUGGACCCUGGUUGUGGGCUACCUGUUGACUGUAUUAUUCAAGUGGAAUACAGACACCAAAUAUUACUUGAGAACAAUAUCUGUUCCUGUCUGGAUUUUAUUGCUCUUCCAUUUGGCUUCUGCAGCCGGCUCUUGGAGGAUUCCAGUAUUUCUGAUUAUAGUUGUCUUGAUGACAGUAGGCAUGGUUCAUGAACAGCCACGUGGGAAAGGUGCUUCAGGGCCAGAACUUCCAGGCCAGAUGCUUUCCAUUGCCGCGACGACGAUCGCCAUGGCGAUAUCAGUUACAGGCUAUGACUCAAGUAAUGAAGAUACUUCCUCGCAGCCCUCAGGAACCACAGACACCAGUGAUCCCGCUUCAUCGGCUUCAUCCCCUUCUCCGUCCACCGUCGGCGGCAGACAGAGGCCUGAGAUUGGAUCCCUUCUUAAAAGGAAGAAGACCAGUGACAUCUAUUUCGUGCUGCUGAUGUGGGCUGUUGUGAUUGUCCAGAUAUGGUCGAAUCUCUGGAUAAUUCAGUUGCUGCCAAUUCCUAUUGCAGUUUGGGUUAUCAAAAACCUGGUGGUCCACUUUGGAAUAGUGACAUUCCUGGUGACUCACUUCAGCAGCUGGUGGUACAUCGUUGAAGAUUUUGUGAGGGAGCGCCAAGAGGCACUUGCUCCUUGGCCAAUCAUGGGCCUUGGGAGAGUCAUUCUUAAACUCGACAGUAAGCUGUGGCAUUGGCUUAAUAAGAAGAUGAUCGUUUGGCUGGAGAAAAUGCUGGACAAAAUCAUUAGCAUCCUGAUAAUAUUUGUGCUCGUGAUCGGGACCCUCCUGCUGGCCCUGUUCCUCACUGCCAAGGUGCAUCAAGAAAGCGUGCAUAUGAUUGAAGUCACAAGCAGCUUGAUCAAUGAAACUGUCGCUAAUCACCCAGAAUGGGCCAAUUGGCUCCCUGAAGCUCAGGUUAUUCAGAAGGCUCUGAAUUCAGCCGCCAAUAACGUCUAUCAGUAUGGCCGAGAAUGGAUAACGCACAAGCUCCAUAAAAUAUUAGGAGACAAAGUGAACAAUACUGCUGUGAUUGAGAAGCAAGUCUUGAUGCUCUGGGACAGAUUGUACCAGUCUUGGUUUGUGAAGAACGUGACACAUUCAGGAAGACACAAAGGCCACAAGCCACAUUUGGGCCGUCAGAACAGCUGGCCGGGGGAGUUGCUGGAUUGGCAAGAUGUCGCCUCCUUUGUUCACGAGAACAUCGAGACGUUUCUUUCGAUCCUGGAAUCUCUUUGGAUAGUGAUGAGUCAUAAUGUGAACCUUCUGUUCACCACAGUUACAACUUUGGUCACCGUCCUCUUCUACAGUGGCACGGCUCUUCUUAAUUUUGUGCUUUCGCUGGUGAUUUUCCUGACCACUCUGUUCUACCUCUUAAGCUCCAGUGACGAAUACUACAAGCCGGUGAAGUGGGUGAUCAACCUGACCCCCUUGUCGCAGCCUGGCCCUUCGUCCAACAUAGUGGGUCAGUCGGUGGAAGAGGCCAUCAGAGGUGUAUUUGAUGCAUCACUCAAAAUGGCUGGGUUCUAUGGACUGUACACCUGGCUGACUCAUACCAUCUUUGGAAUUAACAUUGUCUUCAUACCCUCAGCGCUGGCAGCACUCCUCGGAGUGGUCCCCUUUCUGGGAACAUACUGGGCAGCUGUCCCUGCAGUUCUGGACCUCUGGCUUGUACAAGGAGAAGGAUGUAAAGCUCUGCUCCUCUUGGUGUGCCAUCUGUUGCCAACAUAUUUUGUGGACACAGCAAUUUAUUCUGAUAUAUCGGGAGGCGGACAUCCGUAUCUGACUGGUCUUGCUGUAGCUGGUGGGGCGUAUUACCUUGGGCUCGAAGGAGCCAUCAUUGGACCCAUCCUUCUCUGCAUUCUGGUGGGUGCCUCCAACAUCUACAGUGCUAUGCUUGUCAGCCCAACAAGCUCAUUGCCCACCCCGUCACAGAUGGCUUGGCCUUUGCACAUAUACAGGCAACCAAGAGAGACUCCCGAAGAACUGAAAACUGCUACAGAGUGACAGACGCAGCAUUUCUUCUGCUCCUGUGUCCUCUAUGAACUCUGAGCUCAGGAGAGCCGUGGCUUUUAGCCCCCUCUCCAGCUGGCCCACUGACAGCACUGAAGCCGCACCCGCUUAUAAGCAUAUCCACUGAAACAAUAAUGUUGCCUCGGUUUGCUGAUUGUGCAAACCGGCCUCGGAGUUGGGGGCUUAAUUUGCCAAACUGGUUUUUUCCAUACAAAACCUUUGAGUCAAGUUUUGUUGCCUGGUGACAUUUUUUGAUUUGGCAUUUUAUAUUUUUGGUUCUAUAGAUUAAUAGAUUUUGAAAGUGAAAAUCCCACCUCUUUUGCCUUUGGAACACUCACUUUGUCACAAAGAGACGUGCUUUUGUACAGCUGUUACACCGUUUCAACCUAGCGCCUGUCCCAGUCAAGUAUAGUUUUGAGCUGGGCCUUGAAGAAGUUCUUAAUGGUCGCUUUGUUUGAACCACUGACACUUCCUGUUUGUGUGCCAGCAGUACCGACGUCAUGAGCAUGCCGUGUAGCCAGGGACCGCAUGACAGGUAUAAUGAAUUAUGUUCAGCGUGAUACGGGGGGGCUGUUUGCACGUAUAAUGAGUUACGUUCGGUAUGAUAUGGGAGGAUGCUUGUUCAGAACAACUUUGUUACCUUUCCAUACAAUUCUAGUUUUGGCAGAUGGCUACAUGGUUAUAUUUGGAAGAGUAUGUAUAGGGAGGGAGGCGGACGGAUGGCUCCUGGUGGGCCAGCAGAGAUCCCUUGGGGGGUUAUGCCUGCAAGAGGGCAUGCUGCGUGAAAUAGUCUGAGACCUUCAUGGUGAAGGGAUCCUUCCUGGUAGACUCAAGAAGAUGCAGAGAUCCAGAUCAGUUACAUGGGUGAAGAUCCUGCUCUGGACCAUUCUUGGACCAGUGUGCUUGUUGGAUAGCCAGCAUCCUCCUUGGUCCUCUGUGGCCCCUGCUUGUGUGCUUCCCUUAUAAGUACUUCUCUUUAGUUGAAUUCUUCUAGUUGGUUUAUUUGUUGUUCUCAUGAAGUUUGUUCCUCAUGGUCCCUUAAUUGCCCAACGUCUGAACCUUUCUGCUGCUGUUCCUGGGCCACCCAUCCCUACAAGGCUGGUCCUGGAACCUUUUUGGCGUUUUUGCACAUACUUUCAAAGCCCGGCUUGUCCAAAGAUACAAUCCAAAGCUCCGCUGGCUCGCAGCCCAGCAUCCUGCUAACCAAACUAGAGCUGCCAAGAGAUCUGGAGAAAACUACCUUCUCCCUUUGGUAGAGACACAAUCAGAUGUUAUUGUCGGGUGAUGUUUUACUUCUGUUCCAUGAAAAGAUUCACCUGCACGUUCCCACAGGAUGAGCAACUAUUAAAGGGGCUGGGCAUUUUUCUCCAGGCCUGUUGGCAGCCAAUACAGGACAUUUUGAGAACAUACUACCUGUUCCUUCAGAAAAUGUUAUGUGUUCUCUGUUUUCAGUUCGACAAUAUUUGUUUAAAUUGUAGUUGUGGUUCAUUUUUUAAGCUGCUUUUGGUCUCUGUUAAAACUUUUCAACUAAAUAAAGUAUUUUUAAAUCAGACCACAAUGCAACAAAGUCAAAAUGGACAGUGUGUUUUAAAAAUUGGGCAGAUUUGCCAGGGCAUUUAAGUGCCCCUCAGAGCAGUUUCCUCCUGUGAAAACUCUUGAGGAGGGAGGCCGAAACCUUUUUUCACCCCAUGGUGGAAUUCCAAGCCCAUUUGGACUCUGCCAUUCGCCAGAGCUGCAGGGAACCCCGGAUCCAACUUAUGAAAACCCAAAUGCGUAGCUUGACCAUCUGGUACAUAAUUAAACCACGUGGCUGCCUGCAUGAGGCCGAAAUCCCUUUUUUAGGCUCAAGCAUCGAGUGGAGAUAUGCAGGCGUUGCUGCCUGCAGGCACUAGAAAUUAAGCUAUCUUGGUAGGCCUCACCAAUAAAAAAAAAGACCAAGAAAUCUGAAGGAGGCUGAGGCUGGGGAAGGCAGCGAUGAAGGAGAUAGAAAAGAUUCUUACGUGUAAGGAUGAGUCACUGGCAACCACGAUCAAGUUAAUUGAUUCUAUAGUAUUCUGGAUUACUAUGUAUGGAUGUGAAAGCUGGACAUUGAAGAAUGCUAUCAGGAAGAAAGCAGAUUCCUUUGAAAUGUGGUGUUGGAUUAGAAUGUUACAGAUACUGGGGGCUGCCAA